CAGGCGACUACAUAUUGAUUGCGUUUGAUAAAGCAAGGAGUGGUAAUUCAUUAUCGAAUUUUGUUUAUAAUUGACUGCCAUAGAAUACUGGUAUGAACAGUGAAGAUCAGGAGGUAAGCUAAGUUAUUAUUAGCACAAGAUUUGGUUUAAAAUCGCGGAAGAUCGUAGGAAUAUAUGGCUGAUGAUUGUUAAUUUUCAGGAAAGAGGCGCUAUGCAGUCGAGCAAUCACGUUGAAUUCAGAGAUCGUGUCCGUAAAACUCUUUACUAUGGCCAAUAUUCGGACGGAUCGCUUCCAUCUUUGGCAGUCACAGGUAUAAAGCUACUCUUUUAAAGUCAUGAUCAGUAAUUUCUGUCUAGAAGUGAAUUCAUGAGCGGGGAAUAUUUAGUGAUGAUGCAAGCACUGCACUGGCCUUACUGUAUGAUUUUUCAGAAAUUUGCAUAAUUAACAUAUUCGCGCUAUUACUGAAAUUUUAACCCGUACAUUAUUGAAAAUAAGGCAGAAUUUGGCGUGGUAUUUAAUUUCUUCCUUCCAUGUAAACCCAAUAGCAACUUGAAGAGCCAUUUUUAUUUCUGAAAAUAAUGCACACGAGGAGAAGUAGACUGCAGAUGACGUACCCGUGUAUUCAUAAUUAUUUUGCGGCAUUUGGGGGCUAAUAUGACUUUCGUACUCUAAAAUGAUCAAAAAUUGCUUGUAGCUUUUUGUGCUGUUUAAGGAUAACAUAUAAAAGAGAAGAAAUUGCAGCAUAACUGUUUGUGAUCUCUUCAAAUAUUCACCUGCAGAUGUUGCAGUGGAGGUCCUAGGUUCUGUUGCACCCACAGACAGAAAGUGCUUGGAUACAAGCUAUGCUAUGGUAGUUUCACGGUAAGUUUCAUAUAAAUCUACAUAAAUACUCUAUGAAGCCUUUUCCUCCCCUAUCUAAGUUGGUUUUUGACUUGAACUUCAAGUUCGCAAUAAGCCCCCCCCCCAUCUUUAAAUUCCCCCUUCCCUCCCCUGAAUACCGCAAACACAUCCUCUCUCUUGUCACAUGGAAAGUAAUUUCAAGUAAAUGUUCUUCCUUUAAGUUCAAUGUACUUAGAAAAACUGUCAAGCAUACAUCACUGACACCCAGCAACCUUGUUUUGAUCAGGAGAGCCAAGAUAUCUCCCUGCACAUUGAUGAUGGGAAUUCUUUACUCUGAGCGUUUACGUCAGAAGAAUCCUGAGUAUCUCAAACGAGUUUCAUCCUCUGACUUGUUCCUGAUUUCAAUGGUUAGUAAGGUGUAGAUUAUUUUGUUUUAUUAACAGAAUUGGUUAAUAAUAUGUUAAUUGUCCUCAUUAAAAAGAUUCUAAUGCUGACAGUAGGGAAGUCCCAUUUCCACUCAUGUGUGGCAUGUGCUGUAUGUUAAAUAAUAAAUAUGAUAAGUGCUCUUCCCCAAUAACUGCCCAUUCCAAGGCCAUAAUGUUGAAAUAAGUGCACCCCCUCCUCCUUUGCUUUCAUAAAUAGUACCGCCAUUUCACAAGUUUCAAUCUCAGCCAAAUCAGUACACUUGAAUAGUUUUGUUUCUGUUUCAGUUUCAGUUAUUUCUUUCCCUAUGUGUUUGCAGAGUUCCUUUAUGUGUGUUUUCUGUGUUUAAUAUUUGUCCUAUUGCUGCGCUAACUUAUUAAGCACUCCCCUCCUUCCCCCCCUCUGGGAACCAAGCUGCCUUGUUCAAAUAAGUACCCCUCCUUUUGAGCAAAGUUGAAAAAUAAACCAACAGCCUGGGCUUAUUCAAGGAAACACCAUACACGUAAUAUUUCUUGUUUAAUUAUAGAUGGUUGCAUCCAAGUAUUUGUAUGAUGAAGGAGAGACAGAGGAAGUGUUUAAUGAUGACUGGGCCAGAGCAGGUAAGCCAUUUGGGGUUUUUGUGGUUUGAUAGAAAAAUGUAAGACAAUGAAGCAAAGAGAAUUUUACAGAGCAUAGAUUUAAGUAAAUAACUUCUUGCCAGUUUCAGAACCAUGGAAAUUUUGUAUGGGGAAUGGUCAGAAUUCUGUCAUGUUUUUUUUUCUUUAGGGAACAAAACUGUGAAUGAUGUAAACAAGCUUGAGGUGGAAUUCCUAGCAUCCAUUGUAAGUACUAGGCUAUAUUUCAAGUUACACCCUUUUCCUUUCUGUUUUGGUUUUUUGUUUUUUCAAUUUGUGGCAAUAUUCAGAGUGUAUCACAGUAAGUACAACAGGAUCAAACUAACAGUUAGUUGGAAAGAUAACAUCUGUAUUCUUUCACAAAGUUAAGUGUGGUUGAUGAUAAUUCUGCUCUUCAAUGUCAGGACUGGAACCUUUUUGUCAGCAAUCAAGAAUUUUUGGAUUUUGUCAACAAAGUGGAAUCCAGGUACAAGAAAUUGAAACAUUUUUCAUGAUUAAAAAGAAAAAUUUGGGAAUUCAAUUAAUUCUUAGUGGACUUGUAUAACUUAUCCUUAGCUUAUAGUUAUUGACCUCUCUUGUGCAGAGUUGCAACUACUCAUGGACUUUCCCGUGGUUGGUUCACUUAUGGUGACUUGAGCACAUUACUGGAUAAUACCAGGUUUCUUGGUACUUUGGGUGUUUUUAGACUUGAAGUAUUGAAGGUAUGUCAUAUUUUUGGAAGGUGUUGACAAGACAUUUUAACUACUCAUAAUUAUUAUGAGGCAGACUGUUUUAUUCAGCAGUUCACACUGAAUUUUCUUUUGGUCAAUUAGAAGCAUGGUAAUAAUUCAGGUUAGUGACCUCGUUCCAAUAAGCCCCCUCUCUCUAAUAAGCACCCCCUCAGCUUUGGUUUUUGUUAAUGAGCAUGUCCAUCAAGUUAGUACUCCCAUUCCAAUAAGCACCCCUAUUCCGAUAAGUGCCCCUAUUUUGUUUCAGUCAUAGCACUGUUAGAUUACAGGGAUAUUGUGAUAACAACCGUGGUUCAUCUUCCUUUGAUUUUUCACUUAAAGCCUAAUUAUAAAGAAGUCUUUGCCUCAUGAUAACUAUUAUUUCCAUGUGAGAGCACAGUUCCUUCAUACAAAUGAUCUUGUCUUAAAAAUUUUGUGACAAUUGCUUCACCAGUCAUUUUUUCCAGGAAUGAUCCAAUUUUGUUUUUCUGGUCUUCAUAAUUAUUUUCAACUAAACUGUAAAGCUUUGUUUUGCAUAUUUUGCUGUUUCUCAAAAAAAUUAAUAAGCAUACUUUCUCAAAUAAGGACCCUCCCUUGAGGUACCAAAUGUAAAUAAGAGCCUUGGGCAUAUCAUUAAGUUAACUAGAAUACCCAUUUGCUCUUGUUUUAACUGUUUUGAAGUAGCAUUUUCCUGUAGCAGGUUGGUUCCAGCUCUUUUGUUAUUUAAUCUUCAGGUUUUUUCUGCGUGUGCCUUGGCGUAUGUGUUCAGUUUGUCUUUGGCACUGUCUGUCACUUCCAUCACCAAUCAUUAUUGUCACCACAGUAGUGACAUUCAUCAGAACUUCACUCCCUCUGUGCAGACACCAGUCUGUUUAACCACCCAAUCUGCCUGCAGGUUUCAUCAUUUAGCAGAAAUGCCUAUGCGAGGAACAGAAGUGGCUUUGGUGGUUGCAAAGAGAAUUCAAAUGCGGCAAAACCACUCUGAGACUCUACUACAGCAAGUUAGAAACAUCAAGACCCAACAAGGACUGCUGGGAAAUGAAAGCAGUUCUCCACUUUCUUGCAAUUGGAAACCCUCAGAAUUUGUAUUAAACAGUGCAGUGCAGGAUUCAAGAAACAAAGUCCAAAUGAAGAAGCUGAAAACUCCUAAAGACACCACUGAAGACUUAAGACUUUCCUCUACCCUUUUUACCCAAAUAUUAUCACAAAAGCUUCUUUUGCUUAACCCAUGUACCUCAGUUUCUGUUAUGGACAGCUUCACAUCAGGUCAUGUUCAAACUAACUUUGUGUUAUCAAAUGCCUCAGGUGCAAUGGGACACAGUGACUGGCUGAGAAGCCAUGCAAAUGGCAGUCUUAUUUGUGUAGCUUAGGAAGUGAUGCAUUAUUUUGAACCACAUCAAUAGUAAAAAACUAGGGGUGCUGUCAGAUCUCUGGGGACAACUUCUACUUACUGAUAACUCUUUUCUAAGUAGCAACUGAAUCUAUAGAGUUGUAAAAAUAAGGCAAGGCCAGUUGUAAAGUGGUUUAUUUUGGAGUCUUGCCAGUCAAGUGCAGUUGAAUUAGUUGAAUUCUUAGAUUUAGAUGGAAGCUAUGAGAGGGUUUUUAGUCAUGGCUUGGAGCCUUCCACAAUAUAUUGUUUGGUCUUGGUUUCUCAAACAUUUUCAAGUUCCAACCAUGUUAGUGUUGGGGACUGUGGUCAUAAUGAAAGGUAUGAGGCAAAGAAUGUUUUAAACAUAGAAAUGCAGUGUUAAUUCAGAACCAAAUUCGGUUUAAGGUAAUGUCAUUGGUGUGACCCAAGUUUGGGAUUUACAAUGUUGAAGAAAAUAUUCGAGUGCUCAUAAUUGAUUCCUUGUGUGUAUGUUGAUGUUGUCACUGAAGAACUCUAUUUGAAUAACAUAUAUUUUCCUUGCACUAAAAAGUAAACUUGCUCCUACUACGUUAUUUUUUGACAAACUUGAUAUCCUGAGUAUCUACCACAAAAGGCAAUAUGAUUUUACAAAGGGUAUUUUUUAAGGAAAUAACUUUAAAGUAAUUUAAGUUGUAGUGAGUUCAAUUAUUUUGACUCCACUUUACAUGUUUACUCAAUGAACAUUACUUUUCUGGCGAACUCUCAUAACACAACAGUUAACUAAAGAUUCCUUUAAGAGUAAUUGAAAAUCUAUUUUGACUCUGGAUUUUUUCAACUUUAGGAUCCUUUUUAUGAAUAUAUGGAGUUUGUCACAUUUCCUAAGUGACUGUUCAAUAUUUAUCACCAGGGGAGGGCUGGAGGAUUUUGGUUGUGUCAUUAAAAUUUACCUGAUCCCCCAUAAGGUUCUGUAACAUUC